CGUUAGAUUCUGUUUUCUAAUCCCAAGAAAAAGCAUCAGAUUCCUUCUUUGUCAUGAUGCGACCGUGGAAAUUGGCGUCUAGCAGUUCCACAGCUUUAUCCAACGGCUGAGAGAGCGUUAAAAGUUAAAACUCUCUUUGGGCUCACAGGUAGAUUAUGGAGCCACAAUAUUGAGUGGUUUGCUUAGAAACAAUCUAAAAAUGAUUGCGGAUUAAAUCUGACAUUUUACUCAACCUCUAAUAUUUCACCAACGCGCACAUACAAAAAAAAAAGCACUUAAUUAAGACUCCACACACAUACCUACAAGUUAAAAAUUGAUGACAAACCAAAGUUAUAAAUUAUCAUAAUUUUACCCUCUAAUAUAACUUUCUUCCGAUCGAGCUGUUUCAAGAAUGGCAUAUCUCGAAAGAGCAUCUCCAGCGCUGAAAGAAACACUCCUCAAGAUAUACCGUGCUGAAAAACCUAUUGAGGUCGAUCAACAUUUCCACGAGUUUGGUUCGAUUCAAUAUCACAUCAAGUACUCGGUUUCGGAUCCAAGUAUUGUCCACGUAUCGACGUCGACGUUGCUUGAGACACAAGGAGCGGUGACAUUGAAGGAGAUUUCAAGUCAGACUUAUGAGGUGAUUAAGAAUAUUGCAGUUGGUGUGAUUGAUAUUGUUGAUCCACCAAGAUUAGGGUUUCAAUUGACCAUUGGUAUUCACCUUGAUAAUAUACCACGUGGAAAAGAAGCGAUUAAAAUCAUUACAAAGAUUUCUGAAAUACAAGCGAUAAUAUUGAGUAACCAACUAAAAGAGAUGCUGAGACAUUUGAAUUUUCAAGAUGAUUCACGACCGAUCAAUAACAACAACAACAACAACAGGCCCAUCAAGAUUGUUUAUCACCCAAGUGAACCUUUUUACGUCUUUAAACAGAUGAAGAAAAUCACGGCCGUGUUUCCGAUGAAUUUUAAAGACAAUUCGGAUGUGGUCAUUGCCACGUCAUUCUUCCAGGAACUAGUGGAAGUGGGAAGCCAAAAGGAAAUGGGAAAAGCCCCACAAUGUAGUUGGUCACCAAUUCCUCCUCUCCAACUUAGAGGAGAACCGGUUCAAGACUUAACCACCAAUUCUGGCUUUGUAUCUUUUGAUAUUACUUCACGGCACGUUGAAGGAAAGAGACUAGACAAAACGGUUUGGAACUUACUAAAUUUCUACGCAUACGUUAAAUACCAUAUCAAGUGUUCGAGAGGGUACAUACAGAGAAGGAUGAGAAAAAGAAUGGACAGUUUGGUUAAGCUGCUAAAUAACACAAACCUAGAAGAAGAAGCUGCUCAAAAUGAAAACGGAAGAUGCAAAUACGUAAAGGAGUUUGUGAAGGUACCAAAAGGCAAAAUGAUGAUGAAACAAAGAUGCAAGGAGAUGACAAGGAGAGUGAAGAUAAGUAAGUUCCGGAUCAAAAUUAACGGCUGUGCUCGGCUUCGAUUUAAUCAACGGUGGAUAUCUUUCCCCAAAUUCUCUUCGAAACCCUCAAAUAAAUCAUACACAAAAUUGGACUAAGUAACCUCUUAACUUGGAAAGUCUCAAGGAGGCUAGGUUUUUUUUUUCUUUUUUGUCGACAUGUCUUAAUAUUGAAUUUGGGGAGCAAUAUUAUUCGUUGAUAAAUGUCUCACGUGUGACAAAAAAAAAAUGUUAUCUGACGAUAAUAUUAAACAGCUUAUGGAUAUUUAUAAUUUGGUACACCAAAAAUAAACCUAAUCAAAAGUUGGCAUUGAAUGCGCAGCAUGUUACGUAA